CUAGCCAUCCCUAAGCAGGAAUUUGGUGUUGCUACGCAAAUUGCCGAAGUCUUUGGCUAUCAGCCUGUUGAUGGCAUUCUUGGACUUGGCUGGCCAGAACUUGCUACAGAAAAGGUCGUCCCACCUAUGCAAAAUAUCCUCUCUCAGCUGGACAAGCCAAUUUUCACAGUUUGGCUAGAUAGGAAGUUGACACCCAGUAAAGGAGAUAACGGUGGUCUAAUUACAUAUGGCGAUUAUGAUCUCAAAAAUUGCGCUCCAGACGUGAAUUUUAUUCAACUUUCGUCGCUGACUUAUUGGCAAUUUCCUAUGCAAGGAUUCUCAAUAGGGAACUACACCAAGAAGAAGAUGGAGCAGGUUAUAUCAGACACUGGGACAUCGUGGAUUGGAGCUCCAAAAGGAGUUGUCGCUGCCAUAGCACAGGAAAUUAACGCAAAAUACGAUCCCGUUAAUGAACUCCUUACCGUCCCCUGUUCAACGAUGUGGACUCAACCAGAUUUGGUCUUUACCAUUAACGGCAUCAGUUACAACGUCCCCUCUGUUCAAUAUAUUCUUGACAUCGAACUUGGGAACGACAAGUGUGCAGUAACCUUCUUCACUAUGGACUCUGUCGGUUUUGGGCCCGCUUGGAUCCUUGGUGACGCGUGGAUUCGCACAUAUUGCAAUAUCCACGAUAUUGGACAAAAAAGAAUAGGAUUUUCGAAAGCUAUUCACACUGAGUUGCAGUGA